ACAAAGUCUUCUGAUCAAUGGCUCGUUGAGAAUGUCGUUGUCCUGGAAAUUUGUACUGCCUGUGGGCUUUGUAUUGUACUCGUUGCCUCUAUUUCUGCGUGUAAACGGCACAGCUGAGUACAUCAUCGAUGAAGAAUUUCAUAUACCACAGGGCUUGGCUUUCUGUCGUAAACAAUUCGAUGUGUGGGACUCCAAGAUCACCACCUUUCCGGGCUUAUAUUUCAUUGCGUUGGUGCUGCAGCCGAUCAACUGCUGCACAGUCACGGGCCUCCGUCUACUAAGCCUCAUUGGGGCUGGUAUCAACAUUCUAUUGCUCUACAAAAUACGGCGUCGAACGCUGGCAGGAGUAGGAGGCAAUGCUUAUGCGGCGCAUGAGGCAAUUACAAUGUCUGUGCUGCCUCCACUCUACUUUUUCAGCCAUUUGUACUACACUGACACGUUGGCCCUCACCAUGGUGCUUUUGUUCUACAAUUAUUGGCAACAGGAAGCUCAUUUGCCCGCCGCUGUCUGGGGUGCUGCGAGUGUGCUCAUGCGCCAGACCAACAUCGUUUGGGUCUGCAUGUGCUGUGGCAUCACUGUUCUAGACACCGUUGUGCAGCAGUGCACGAGAUCUUGUCCGUCUAAUGAACGACCGGUACGCCUAUUUAGCAGCAAGCUUUGGCAACAGCUGCUAGGCAGUCCGCAACUGAUUUGCAAUAGCAUUUUAAGUAUUUUGGCUAAAUGCUGCUUCUACGCCUCCAUUAUAUUGCCUUUCAUUGGCUUCAUCUGCAUCAAUGGCUCCAUUGUGUUAGGCGACAAGAGCGCUCACGAAGCUACGCUGCAUUUACCGCAGCUCUUUUAUUUUUCGAUUUUUGCCGCUGGCUUCGGUAUCUCCAAUACACUGCGACAACUUCGAUUGGCAUUAGGAUUGCUGCGACGUCAUUUAGUGCUCUCGUUGUUGGCCAUAUUGCUCAUAACUACGAUUGUACAUUACAAUACUGUGGUUCAUCCUUAUUUGCUAGCUGACAAUCGUCACUACACCUUCUACGUGUGGAGUCGCCUCUACGGGCGAUUCUGGUGGUUCCGCUAUGUCAUGGCGCCAGUUUAUCUCCUGGCUUUGACUCUGCUCUGUUGCGGGUUAAGGCAUAUGUCGGAUAGCUUUAAGCUGAUGUUUCCGCUGGCUCUGGUGUUGGUGUUGUGCUUCCAACGUCUGCUCGAAGUGCGAUAUUUUUUGGUGCCAUAUAUUAUCUUUCGGCUGCAUACUCGACCCGCUCGGAAGGGCUUUGCCGAGUGGCUGGAGUUAGGCGGAAAUCUGCUCCUGAAUGUGGUUACAUUCUACGUGUACUUAACAAAAGAAUUUUAUUGGAAGAACUAUCGCACACCGCAGCGAAUUAUAUGGUAGAGAGGGAAACAGAUAAUUUAAAUAUUGCUUUUCUUUAUUCAUUUGAAUUACUAAUGGAGUAAGAAAUUGCUCUACGAUUGAGAGUGGACAAGAUUUGAUAUUGGUUGUAUGUAUAUAAUAUCUCUAUGUUGUGUUUAAAUGUUGUGCAUGCAACCAUAAGCACCUUAAAAAUGUUCGGGUUCGAUUAUAGAGUCUCUUAAAGGCUAGUUAAAAAGUUUUCCAUAUAUAGAUAAUACUGCCGAGGCGUAAAGAC